AAUACAGUCGGGAUUAUUGUAAAUAUUUUGUGCAAUUUUGAAAAUGGAAUUUUUUAUGUGUAACAUUAUAUUUUGGAUUCUGAAUAUAUGUUUCAUUGACUGCAUAUUGGCCACUACCAUUCAAGACUUUCAUUUGAAACGGGAAAAUUUAAACAAACGUCUUGUGUCAUGUACAUUUCUUGAACUAACCGUUCAAAGUCACCAUGAUUGUGCGCGCGCGUGUUUUGGUUUUGGCGGGUCAUGUAAGUCUAUAAAUUUCAACAAGAAAAGUAAAACAUGUGAACUGAACGCCAAAGGUGUUGAUACCGCGGAGGACUCCGAGUUUGAAGACAGCGGAGGAUACAUAUUUUCUGAUAUGACUGAGUGGCCAAAGUUAAUGACAAGUGGUUGUUCACAAGAGAACUGUGGUGAUCAUCAAUUUUGCCGACCACUCGGAAAGCAUGACUUCCAAUGUGCAGACAAAGCAAAUUGUGGAGAAGCGCCGUCUAUUGACAACGGUUCCGUGUCAGCACCGGUAACUAUUGAUGGAGCAACCGCAUCAUAUACUUGUGACUUUGGUUUUGAAAAUCUUGGUACCUUCACAACGAGGCAAUGUGUUGAAGGAACUUGGUCAAAAGAAUCAAUCACAUGUACAAUAAAAGAAUGCGGACCACUAGCUAAUAUAGCACAUGGAACAGUGUCAGCAGCAUCGACAACACAUGGCAGCACAGCAACUUACUCGUGCCAGUAUGGGUAUGAACGCACCUCGGGAGAUAUAACAAGAAAUUGUGUUGACGGGACAUGGGAUGGCAUUGAAAUGACCUGCACAAUUAAAGAACCUUUUACAACUAUACGACCAUUUAUUCUGCCUAGCCUGUGGUAA